GGAAUUCAAACUCGUGAUGGUCAUGAGAGCUCAGUAGUCCUAAGGAGGAAAAUUAAAAAAGUAAAAAAGAGAUAGAGGAGGAAGGAAAUCUGGUUAUGCCUUAGCACUCAGCCAGAAAGUCUGCAAGAAAGGUUUGAUCUGAACCAAACAAGAUGCCCAGGGGACAGCACUACCUAGAUGGCAACUUUGCUCGAGGAAAGGGAUCCAGCUCUCUGUCAGCGGAAGAGGCUGCAGGCAUUGGAAUUCUUGUUGUGAUUCUUACAGCUUUGCUGAUUAUUGGCUGUUGGUAUUACAAAAAGCGCAAUGGUUAUAGAAGCCUUCUGAGUAAGAAUUUUGGAGAGAUCACUGGAAGGAUCUCGGAAGGCAAAAGUGGUUUGCUGGGCUCCAAAUUGCCCUUGCAGGAAUACAACAGCAACAGAAGCCAUGUGGUGCCUGAUGCUCCACCGGCCUAUGACAAAAUAUCUGCCACCCUUUUGCCACCACCAUAUGCACCAUGAAGCAGGAACCAUUUAAAUCCAGCGCUUGAAUGAUUACACGCACCGUCUUUCAUUUUUAGCUACACCUCUUGAAAAACAAUGCAUGCUAUUGCGAAUGUUUCUAGAAGCCAUUAUUGCUUAAGAAAAUGCAGCUGUUCCCAAUUGUAUGAGAUAACUGGAAUGCUUUUGUACCUGCAUUCCAGUUGCCUGGAGUCAUUCAGUGUAAGAGAUGCUCUGAUAUGCUUGGUAUCGCUCCUGGAAUAAAAUAUAACAAAUACCGAAGAGCAAGGACCAGCCUUCCUGAACCAGUGCUUUAAAAGAAGUUUAUGGGUGCUUUCAUUUUGACUCAAGAAAUUACUGUUUGAUAGUUCAAAUCGGGAAGAAUACAGUAAAUCAGGCAUCCCCAAACUUCGGCCCUCCAGAUGUUUUGGACUACAAUUCCCAUCAUCCCUGACCACUGGUCCUGUUAGGUAGGGAUUAUGGGAGUUGUAGGCCAAAACAUCUGGAGGGCCGCAGUUUGGGGAUGCCUGCAGUAAAUGGACAAAAGUACAAAGAUUCACAAAAUGUUUAGGGGUAUGUGUAUCCCCAGGGGGGAAAAAGCACUGAUAAUAACCCUCACACAUGGACUCUAUUACUCUUUGGUUCUUUUUGAGAUUUACUAAAAGAAUAAAUGAUUUUAUCUCUUUAAUGCUUCUCAUUAUGUGGCAUGCGAAUAAAUAAAGCCCCUUUUAGCUU